AUGUAAUUUAAUGGAUCAUGUAAUUGAAUUGAUCAUGAACUAAUUGAUUUGAUUGCAUAGUUAAAUCCAUUAUGUAAUUGAUGAUCAAUCUACUAACGUAAUGAAAUUGAUCAUGUAAUCGAUUCGAUUACGUAAUUGAAUGAAUCACGUAAUUGAAUUGAUCACGUAAUUGAAUUGAUCACCUAAUUGAGUUGAUUACGUAAUAUGUUCGAUAACAUGAUCGAUUGGAUUACGAGGAAGACUGCAGAGGCAGGGGAGAUGGCGGCGGCGGAGGUGGAGAUGGUUGUCGCUGGGCAGAUGGCAGCAGAGGCAGGGGAGAUGGCAACAGUCCCGAAGGAGAUGGUGGUCGCACAAUGGAAGAUGGCGAAGGCGGCGGAGAAGAUAGCGACGGCGUGCAAUUACAUGGCAGAGGAGGUGACGUCGAAAGCAACGGGGGGAGAUGAAAGCAGUGGGAAAAAUGGCGAUGGGCGUGGGGGAGAUGGCAACGGUUCAGGAGAUGGAUGCAGCAAGGGAGGAUGGCGGUGGGGAAGAUGGCGGCGGUUGUGGGCAAGAUGGUGGCACGGUGACAUCACAGAGAUGGUCGUGGCACCUCCAUCUCCCCUGUCGCCUCGUUCAUCUCCCCCACUAUCGCUGCCCACUUCGAGUCCCCUAUUGUCGCCAUCCUCGUUGCCGCCACCAUCUCCCCAACACUGCCAAAAUUUUUGUUGCCUCCACUGUCAUCUUUCCCUACACCAUUGUCUCCCCAUGCGCAGCCAUCAUUUUCCGUGUCUCCACUAUCUUCCCCCUGUUACCAUCUCAACCUUCGCGGCAGUGACGGGGGAGAUGGUGGCAGCGGGGGAGAUGGAUGAGGUCGGGGGGGGAGAUGGUGCGGUGGCAUUGGGGAAAUGGCAUUGAUGGAGAUGGUAGUGGCGAGGGAGAUGGUGCUUUAUAUGUGUGUACAUAUCUCAUUGACACAUAUGUUAGUUUUACAGCGUGUGUCGGAAAGAAAUCAAUUACCAGGAAUGCG